UAGUUUAGUUUAACCAUCGCAGCGCUUGAGUCGCGAUAAGUUGCUCAGGCCCAGUACCAAGUUCCCAGGAUCGUCUCCAACUUGUUUCUUUUUUUUUCCUACUCAGCACCAAGUCGAAAAUGAAGUUAUUUUUAUGUGCCAUUGCUGUGACGCUGUGUGUGGCGACAACCGUAACCGCCGCCAACUUCGAGUGCCCGAAGGCUAAUGGCCAGUUUGCCGACGAAGUGCAGUGCGACAAGUUCUACGUCUGCGACGAUGGAGUGGCCAAGGCGAAGCUCUGUCCCGAUGGCCUGGUCUUCGAUCCGCUCAACCGCAAGUUCAACAAGUGCGACCAGCCCUUCAAUGUAGACUGCGAGGACCGUACGGAGCUGCAGGAGCCCAAGUCCAGCAAGUACUGCCCGCGCAAGAACGGAUUCUUCGCGCAUCCCGACCCCGCCGUCUGCAACAUCUUCUACAACUGCAUCGAAGGCGACGCCCUAGAGACCAAGUGCACCGUGGGCCUCCACUUUGAUGAGUACUCGGGCACCUGCGUGUGGCCCGAUACCGCCAAGCGCGAGGGCUGCAACCCGGAGCAGAGAACUUCCGAGACCGGCUUCGUGUGCCCCAAGGAUCAGCCCAAGAGCGACGACCGCGGCCAGGUGGUGACCCACCCCAAGUACCCGCAUCCCACCGACUGCCAGAAGUUCUACGUGUGCCUGAACGGCGAAGAUCCGCGGGACUUGGGCUGCCAGCUGGGCGAGGUCUACAACGAUGCCACCGAGAUGUGCGAUGCCCCGGAGAACGUGCCCGGCUGCGAGGACUGGUACAAGGACGACAAGAAGGACUAAGCCACUUCCGGGUGCCCUUUCUCAUCCCAUCUACACUCACACUCAUGCACACAGCCACACUGAACAAACAAAAACAAAACACGGAUUCGCGUCUUAGUCACUUAAAGUUAGUAGUUCUAGCCCAUUUCCUAUAGAACGUAUGCGUAGCAGUUAAACUUCAAUAUUCUGUUUACUCUCUGACCAUCUGACUUUCUAUCUCUGUACUUUCCUUUCCUUUCCCUUAUAAUCUGGCCUAUUUUAAAACACUUCCUUCCUUACUCUCUAUCUCUGCCUAUCUCUGUGCCCAACUGAAUUCCACCAAACUGUUGUGUAUAUAUUUCCUAUUUUCAGACUUUCACCUAAUUAUUAAACAAAAGAAUAAAAUGAAUUUUUUAUAAACUAUACUUACUAAAAGAUCUAUCUUUCCCACUCCUCUGACUAUGAUCUCUUUUAUCUGUAUUUUAUUUCAGCUAUCCUCUGUGCUUUUCUUUAAAAAGUCUUUGUUAUCUUUUAAUCCUCGCAACAUCAAUAUUAUCUACCUUACUGUUUUUAUUUUUAAUAAUUCCAAGGAAUCCUCUGCUCUUUAAAUUUUUUAUUAUGUACGUACUUUUAUCAGGACCAAUCUGAAAUAUGACUUUCUGAAAUUGUUGGCUAUUUUUCCCUUUUCCUAUAACUCCGUCCACAUUUUUUUAUAUUUUUUAUAAUCUGUCAUUUUACAAUAUUACACUCUGUAUUCAGACUUCUUCUUUUUCAUAUAUAUCUUACGUUAUUACUAUCAUAUUUUUAUAUGCUUAAAAUUCUUAUUUUCUGCUUGGCCUUCUUACUUUGCAGACCACCGUUUCUUACCUACCUAUAAAAUCGAAAUCUUUUCUAUAUCUUUAUUUUUUCAAUACUUGAUUUAAUAUUUUCUAAUUCACGAUAAUUUGGACAUACAGGUUGAAUGUUAACUUAUUGACUUGUCCGAUAUUUUGUAUUAUUUCAAGUGCUAUGUGUACAAAGCCGUCAACAAAUGUCCCAAUCUAGUUUCUACAUGCACGUUUCACCUAUUUUAUUAAUUAAGUCAUCACACAUUCGACUUUAAAUAUCUUACUGUUAGGCAAUACUCCUCGGUAACCAAUUCCAUCCCAGUAAUUUUCACUUGGUUUUUAAUAAAAGACACUAUUUCAAAUCUA